UAUGAUUCUAGUCUAAUGGCCUCUUUCCUCUCAUGGCUACGGCUGGAUCCAACUUCCUUUCCCAGACCUGGCUUUGUGCUUUGCUUGGUGUGGUUGCCCCGGCAGCCAGUGUGGGCCUCUUGCCUGGCAACCCCGGUUUGCUCCGGCUGGGACAGGCUUCCCGAAAUCCAUGCGUCUCUCCUUUGCGCAUUGGCUGCUUGCAAGGACACACCUGCAGAGGAACCCUUUGCUUUCUGCCAGGCUGCAAGGGAACGCAUAAAGAUGCCCCCUGCAAAGAAAGGGAAGGCGAAGAAAGCCGGGAAGGCAAAGAAGACGACUGUGCCGGAUGAGGAAAAAUACAAGAAGACAGAGCUAGAAGUGGACACUCUGAAACAAUACCUUGUUCUCCGGCACGAUAUGGCCAGGCAAGCAAUGGCUGAUAGCGAAGGAUUGAGACGGAAGCUGGCGGAUCUGGAGAAAGAACUGGAGCAAGCCCGUGGGGACAAAAAGGAUAUUUAUGAAGAAAUGAUCCGCAGGUACCAGCAGCUUCAGCACCAGACUGAUACUCGGUACAGCGUCUAGAGGAUGAGACGAAGAGCUUGCAGGAAAAGCUUGGUAUGGCACCCAUGCACUCUGCUUCGAUAGAUGUUGGAUCCACACUGUAGAAUUAAUGCAGUUUGACCUUGCUUUAACUACUAUAGAAUUCUGGGCUGUAUCUUUUGCCUGAGAAGGCUAAAGACUUUAUCAAACUAUAACUCCCACGAUUUCAUAGCAUUAUUAUUAUUAUUUACUACAUUUAUAUCCCGCCCUUCUCACCCCAAAGGGAACUCAGAGCGGCUUACAAAUAAUAUUUACAUACAGUGUAUUAUAUCAAUAGCACAGCACAACACAAGCACUAUAUACCAGCAUAUUGCAUCACACCCAAUAUACUGUAAUAUUGCCAGUAAUAUUACAUGUAAUAAAUAAUAUAUAAUUAAUAUUAUUAUAUUGUAUUAUUAUUAGUAUUAGAUUGCAUUACAUUAUAGUAUUAUCAAUAUUACAUGUAUAUACAAUAUAUUAAUUAUUUAUUAUUAUAUAUUAAUACAUACACACACACACACACACACACACAUUCAGUGGAGCUGAAGUGGUGUCAAACUGCACUAAUUAUGCAGUGUAGAUGCCCUCAAGAUUUAUCCAUUGCUUGCCUUCCGUCUAAAGACUAGGGCUGGGUCUAUACUGCCCGUAUAAUCCAGUUCGAAGUGGAUCAUCUGGAAUCAGAAACUGGAUUAUAUGGCAGUGUAGAAGGAGUCUAACUCUUCGCACAACUUUUUAAAAUUUCUUAACUUUUUUUGGUGAAAGAAUGUGAAAUAUGUAAGUUUAAAGACAACUAUUGACACAAUUUAGGCCAGUAAUUUACCUGUCGUAAGAAUAAAAUUGGAAUAAUUCCACCAGAAUAUGUACUCCCUCUUGUGGAAACAAAAAAUUAGUACAGUUUGCUGGAUAUGAAGACACUGGGUUGCUUUUUUCCGGGCUGUCUGGCCAUGUCCCAGAAGCAUUCUCUCCUGACGUUUCGCCCACAUCUAUGGACAGGCAUUCUCAGAGGUUGUGAGGCCUGUUGGAAACUAAGCAAGUAGAGUUUAUAUAUCUUUGGAAUAAUGUUCAGGGUGGAGAAAGAACUCUUGUCUGCUUUAGGCAAGUGUGAAGCAGCCAGGCUUUGAAACUGCAAGGCCAUUCAGUGCCAAAUCAAGGUGGCCAAUUCCAACAUUCACUCUUGCCUUAGGCAAACAAGAGUUCUUUCUUCCACCCUGGACAUCAUCCACAGGGAUAUAUAUACAAACCCCACUAGUUUACAAAAGUCUUCAUAACUUCUGAGGAUGCCUGCCAUAGAUGUGGGCGAAAUGUCAGGAGAGAAUGCUUUUGGAAGAUGGCCAUACAGCCUGAAAAACUCACAGCAAACCAGUGAUUCUGGCCAUGAAAGUCUUCGACAACACAUAUGAAAACACUUUUAAAAAACUGAGAUAUACAUUCAAGAAGGGACCAUAUCCUAAGUAAAUGUGGAUUUUUUGGGGGGGAAAUUUUUAAAGAAACUGGGUAAAAAAAUGACAAUAGAAGCUGCAAAUGUCCUAAUAAAAAGAAAAUGUAUUCUUCAGAGAGAAAUCAUAUCAUACAGUCACAUUCUUAAUUCCUAGGCUAGCAGCAUAUUUGAGCAUUAACCUUCAUUUUGUUUUUAAAAUACUUACCUCUUCUACAUUGUAUUAUCAUUGCACACACAAAGCCAAAUGCUCCUCUGCAUCCAGAAGGAAUAGAAAAGCAUCUGGCAUGUAAUUGUUGUGUUUGUCUACAGCACAAUCCAGGAAUUGUUGUUUUCUUAUAUGCGUAACGUCAUAUAUACACUUCCUGUCAUUCUGAGCAAGUAAAACUUUCAUUCUGAGAAAAUAAUUAAUCUGAGGGUUGUUUGUCCGUUUCUAAUGUUUACAAAGCUGUCCCGAUUUUGUCACUGGAAAACUGAAAAUUAACCCUUUUGAGUAGAUAAAUUCAUCAGGGAGAGAUAAUAAUAAAUUUAUUAUUAAAUUGUG